CCAACAACAAUGAUCGUCCAAGAUGGUCUCUGUUUUUACCUUUAUUUGAUUGCUAUACCUGUAAAGAAACCUCCAAAUACUGCAACUUUUAUGAUAAUUAAUAAGAUUGGUAUUAUUCGAUCCAUAACUCAAGUUAAGUAUACGACAAAAACCCUUCUCUCUGUCUUCUUGUUCAUCAGUUUCUGGGGGGCAUCAAGUUCCAGAAGAAGUAGAGUACAUGGAUGCAAUUUUGAAUCUUCAAACAGUGCCGUUAGGAACUGCUAUUACAAUAGGUGGUCCAGCAGUUGCUCUUGGUGGGAUUUCACUAUGGUUUCUUAAAGAGUAUGUUAAUGAUCAAAAGAAGAAAUCUUCUAAUUUUCUUCCACCUUUGCCAGAGGUUCCAGGAUUACCAGUGAUUGGGAAUUUACUACAGCUUACUGAGAAAAAACCCCACAAGACAUUUACAAAUUGGGCUGAAACCUAUGGACCAAUCUAUUCCAUCAAAGCCGGCGCCAAUACAAUUGUUGUCCUCAAUACUAAUGAGCUUGCCAAGGAGGCUAUGGUGACUAGAUAUUCGGCCAUCUCAACAAGAAAGCUGACAAACGCAUUGAAAAUCCUUACUUGUGACAAGAGUAUAGUCGCAAUAAGUGAUUAUGAUGAGUUCCACAAGACAGUGAAGCGACACGUACUGACCAGUGUUCUAGGACCAAAUGCUCAGAAACGCCACCGUAUCCACAGGGACACCUUAGUAGAAAAUGUGUCUAAGGAACUGCAUGAUUUGGUUAGGAAGUAUCCUCAUGAAGCAGUAAAUCUCAGGAAGAUAUUCCAGUCAGAGCUUUUUGGUUUGGCAUUGAAACAAGCUUUGGGAAAGGAUAUCGAGUCUAUUUAUGUGGAGGAACUCGAUGCCACAUUACCAAGAGAGGACGUACUGAAGACUUUAGUACUUGACAUAAUGGAGGGUGCAAUUGAUGUGGACUGGAGAGAUUUCUUCCCCUAUCUAAAAUGGGUUCCUAAUAAAAGCUUUGAGAACAGAAUUCAGCGAAAACAUCUGCGCAGGGAAGCCGUGAUGAAGGCCCUAAUUAUGGAGCAACGAAAACGUAUUAAUUCAGGAGAGGAACUGAACAGUUAUAUUGACUACUUGUUGUCUGAAGCCAAUACAUUAGCAGAGAAGGAAAUCCUAAUGUUGCUUUGGGAGGCAAUUAUUGAAUCAUCAGACACCACAGUAGUGAGCACAGAAUGGGCUAUGUAUGAAUUGGCCAAAGAUCCAAAACGGCAGGAACAACUCUUUUUGGAAAUACAAAAUGUUUGUGGAUCUAACAAGAUCACAGAAGAGAAACUUUGCCAACUUCCGUACCUAUGUGCUGUUUUUCACGAAACCUUGAGAAAACAUAGUCCUGUACCUAUAGUUCCUUUAAGAUACGUCCACGAAGACACACAGCUAGGAGGGUACCAUGUUCCUAAAGGAGCUGAGAUCGCUAUAAAUAUAUACGGUUGCAAUAGGGACAAGAGAGUGUGGGAGAGUCCGGAAGAGUGGAAGCCUGAGAGAUUUCUUGAGAGAAAGUAUGAUCCAAUGGAAUUACAGAAGACGAUGGCGUUUGGAGGUGGAAAAAGGGUAUGUGCUGGUGCUCUUCAAGCAAUGACAAUUACUUGCACAACUAUUGCUAGAUUGAUACAAGAGUUUGAAUGGAGUCUAAAAGAUGGAGAACAAGAAAAUGUUGCAACAAUGGGUCUUACUACUCAUAAACUUCAUCCAAUGCAAGCUAAUAUCAAGCCAAGAAAAUGAUGCCUUAAGAUUUUCAACUGUCAACUUUGUAAUAGGGAAGCUAGUUUGUGUUUGAUAGCUUUUGUUAUCAAUGCAGACCUCUUGCUUUAACUUCUCUAGUUCCAGCUUAAUCCAAUUAAAGUCACUAUGAUAAUAAUACUAGAGUUGCAGACUUGA